CGUUGCAGUUCAGUGGUUCGAUGAGUCAUCAAACCAGUUUAUCAUGUGUUUAGCAGCACUCGCAAGUUACAGCACUCAAAUGAUGCACGGAAAUCUAUUGUUUAUAAAUGCGGAAUUCAAGUGAAAAAAAUGGCCACUAACCCGACGCGGCUCAGUGGCAGCCUGCUGGUGGUGGUGCUCCUAGUAUUGGCCCUGACCACCGAGGAUGUGCAGGCAAAGUGGAAAUUCAGUGGCAGCAGAAGUCGCAGUAGCAGUUCCAGCUCUACCAGAAGGACCUCUUCGCACAGCUAUUCUGCGCCAUCGCACUCAGCUCCAUCGCACCACGCUGCUCCUGCUCCACACCAUGAUAAUGUCAGGCUGAGCUACGGAGGUGGAUCCCACUCGCAGCCGGUGAGCAGGGUGAGCAGCUCCCAGACGCACAGUGCAGCUCCUUCGGCACCCGCCUCACCAAUUGGCUGGAAGCCCCAAGGCCCUCCGCCGGCGUACUCCCCAUCGAAUCCAGUGGGCGGAGCUCACACCAACAUACAUGAGCGACCACCAGCCUACAACCCGGCGUACAAGCCAGCUCCACCCAGCUAUUCAGCCGCCACCCAAACGCACGGCAACACGAAUCUCCAGAGCCCAUCUCGUCCUGUAGGAGCAGCCAGUCCCGGUGCCAGUUCCAGUUCAAGUGGUUCCCACUACUAUGGCGGAACACACAACACAGCGUACAGAGGCCGGAAUAACUUCACUGGUGGAUAUCAGCCGAUAACAGCCACCAAUGCCCACAAUGUGCAGUGGAGCUAUCCCCGCCAACAGUUGCCAGCAGGUGCCACCUACCAUCCGGCGGGUCAACUUCCAGCCGGAGCCACGUACCACCCAGCGGGGCAAGUUCCAGCCGGAGCAUCCUACCAUCCUGCGGGUCACUUGCCGGCGGGAGCUUCGUACCACCCAGCUGGUCAAGUGCCCCACGGAGCCACCUACUAUCCCACGGGUCAGGUUCCAGCCGGUGCCAGUUACCAUCCUUCGGGUGGAUAUCCCGCAGGAGCUUCUUACCAUCCAGUCGGCCAAGUGCCCCAUGGAGCCACCUACUACCCACAAGGGCCAGUCGGAGGAGGUCUGCCCGCAGGAGCCACCUUCCUGCCCGCUGGAGGAGCGUUGCCUGCAGGAGCUGUUUACUAUCCACAGGCGCCGCAGAAGUCCUCGUCAGGCUUGGGAUUGGGCACUGGUCUUAUUGCUGGAGCACUGGGUGGCGCCAUCCUGGGUCACGCACUCACACCCACCCACACCCGUGUGGUGGAGAGUUCCAAUUCCUAUUCCGGCGGUGGUGGAGGUGGAGGUGGAGGAGGCCACGGUAGUGACGACAAAAUCAUCAUUAUCAACAACGGACCUCCUGGAUCGGUGACCACCACAGAUGUGGGGUCGGGUACUACGGUGAUAAAUGCUGGAGGAAACCAAGCAGCCGCUUCCCCAGCGCUGCCAGUGCCACCUGUUUAUGCCGCUCCACCUGCUACUGGCACUCAAGCUCUACCCGUUCCUCCAACCUCGCCAGUUGCAGGAUCAGUUCCAUUGGCGCCUUUGGGUCCUUCGCCACCUGCUCCCGCUGACCCAGCGGCACCUCCUGUUGCACCUGGAACUCCUGUGGCUCCUGUCGUUCCUGGACCCGCAGUUGCACCGAAUCCGACGGAUCCAAAUGCGCCUGUUCCUCCUGCACCUGGAGCCCCUGCUGAUCCCAAUGCACCACCUGCUGGUGGCAUUAUCUGUGUGCCCGUUAAAGUGCCCGGUCCGGAUCCCAAUGAUCCUUCCAAGACUAUUGAGUUGGACCAGAUCGCGUGCUAUCCAGCUCCGCCACCGGAGUCUACUCCUCCCGCCAAUGGAACAGCACCAGCAGUGGAAGGUGCUGUACCUGCUCCCGUUUCCGCCCCUGGAUCUGUUCAACUGGCUCCCAUCCAGGCCACCACUCCUGUGACCAUUCCUGAGGGAUCUGUGCCGUUGGCGCCCAUUAUUCCCGGUGGUCAGCCGGAUAUUAUGAAGAUGCCGGGUCUGACACAAGCUCGACUGUCGGCGGAAUCUGGCCUCAAGGAUGCGCACAAUACCGCAGACCGAACCCAUGGACAUUUUAGUCUCAUCUCCACGGUGGUGACCCUGAUGGUGGCCUACUGUCUCCACUAAGGCGAUGGACACCUCCAGGACACAGUCGCAUUGGCAACCGAAUUUAUCUAAUUUAUUGCCAUUCUGUGGGUCUCAGACUCGUAUGGAAAUUCGAAUACGACUAAAACCAAUCGCACGGUUCUCGUUAUAUAUUUUGUAAAAAAAAGAAAUCGAAUUUUUGAUAUAUACUCUUAGUUCCAAUAAAUGUACCAAACAAUUAUAAUA